CGUUCUUGGUCUCCCAGCUACGAAAGCUCGUUACGCGCCUUGGGGCGCCUUGGCUUUUGGGACUUUUCUCGGCCGCGUUCUUGAGGGUGCUCGUACUAUUAAAGGGAGAUUCCCUGCUCCUCGGCGUAGAAACUUUCCUUUGCUCCUCUUCUAUCUCUUCUUCUUUUCCUCCUCAUCAUCUCGAUCGUCCUUCGUUUUCGGUUCAUCGCUCACAUUCGUUCGUGUGCUUCAUACUCCAACGACCUCUCAGAGUCAGCCCAUCUUUUUGUCAACACCCACAACAAAAAAACAAACACUUCCGUCACCAUGCGUUUCUCCGUCCUUCUCUCCGGCCUCUUCGCCGUCGUGGCCGUUGCCGAGUCCACUGCCUCUGCCCCGCCUACCUCUGCCUCUCUGAGCCCUGCCCAGGCCUCCCAGGCGGCUUGCUUCAAGGCUUGCGCCGAGGGCGACGUCAACUGCCAGGCUCACUGCGUUGCUGUCCCCUCUCCCGACCGCGGCCAGGUCAACGCCACCACCCAGUGUGUCGCCGCCUGCCCCCAGGGCAAGGGCACCGCUGCUGACAACAAGGCCUAUGGCGACUGCGUCCAGGGCUGCAUCGGCAAGAACUACUUCAUCUCCUCCAAGGGCACUCCUGAGGCUACCGGCGCCGCUGGUGGCAACAACGCCCAGAACUCCAACACUGACACCGCCGCUGCCCCUACCGGCACUGGCUCCUCUUCCACUGGCACCGAGACUGGCCCUGCUCCCACCGGCUCUGCCACCAAGUCUAGCAACGCCUCCAGCUCCAAGACUGGCUCUGCUGCCGCCCAGACUUCCACCCACAACGCUGCGCCCGCCAUCAUCGCCUCUGGCGGUGCCUUUGUUGGCGUCAUUGCUGCCCUUCUGGCCAUGUAAUUUCUGAGAUAUCCCUGUUGUCUUUUGCUAUCUUUUUAAUUUCAGUCUUGGAUAAUGUCAAAGGGGGGUUUUAAUUUUCAUGGGUUUGAGGAUUUAAUGACGAUCUUGUGUGUGUAUUUAACCACAAAAACGUAAUAUGGAUUGGUUGGAUAGGGAUAAUAAUACCAAAAGAGCCUGUUUGGACAGCUUAACAAUUUGUCAUCUC